AUGAGGAUGAAGGAAGAUCACCCAGCCUUUGGGUUCAAUGAAGAAACCUACACGUCUGCCUCCCUUGAUGCAGGGGACCCUCACCAUUCCCUGAUAGCAGGGGCGGUGGAGAGCAGAGGAAGGGUGGCAGGAAGGGGAAGCCAUUGCAGCAACAGUUUGGAGGAGGGAGCUGGACGUCUCUGCGCAGAGAAAAGCAGGGAGCGGGACCAGAGUAGGGGAGGAAGAGGACCUGCGGGCUCUGAGAACCGCUGGGUUGCUGCAAAAAGGGGCGGGGAGAGGCGGGGGCGCUGCACGCAGCGCGCUGGCUCCAGAGGUGCCCGCGGGGAAUGUGACAUCAGCGGCGACCGGCGCUUGCGGCUGGAGGAGGCAGCUCGCCUCGGCUGCGCUGUGCACACCUCGCCCAGGGGAGGACGCAGACCAGGGCAGGCGGCCGGGAUGUCGACGAAGGAGAGGCCAAAGGGCAAAGUGAUCAAGGACAGUGUCACCCUCCUGCCCUGCUUUUAUUUCGUCGAGUUGCCUAUAUUGGCAUCAUCGGUGGUUAGCCUGUACUUCCUUGAACUCACAGAUGUCUUCAAACCUGUGCACUCUGGAUUUAGCUGCUAUGACCGGAGUCUUAGUAUGCCGUAUAUUGAACCCACCCAGGAGGCAAUUCCAUUCCUUAUGUUGCUUAGUUUGGCUUUUGCUGGACCUGCAAUUACGGUAAGAAGUGCCCCCAAAUUGUGCUUGUCAGGUCUGUAUGCUGUGGGAAACUUUCUGCCUAGCGAAGAGAGUAUGUUUCAGCACAGAGAAGCUCUCAGGUCUUUGGCAGACCUGAAUCAGGACCCCAGCCGAGUUUUAUCUGCUAAAAACAGCAGCGGCAGUGAUGGAAUUGCUCACACAGAAGGCAUCCUCAACCGAAACCACAGAGAUGCUAGCUCAUUGACAAACCUCAAAAGGGCAAAUGCUGAUGUAGAAAUCAUCACACCACGGAGCCCCAUGGGGAAGGAGAACAUGGUGACCUUCAGCAAUACCCUGCCUAGAGCCAACACUCCAUCCGUAGAAGACCCUGUCAGAAGAAACACCACCAUUCAUGCCUCUAUGGAUUCUGCCCGGUCAAAGCAGCUCCUCACCCAGUGGAAGAGUAAGAAUGAAAGUCGGAAGUUGUCCCUGCAAGUGAUAGAGACUGAGCCCGGACAGUCACCACCCAGGUCCAUAGAAAUGAGGUCAAGCUCAGAGCCGUCAAGGGUGGGGGUCAACGGAGACCAUCAUGGUCCUGGUAAUCAGUACCUCAAGAUCCAGCCCGGCACUGUCUCCGGGUGUAACAACAGCAUGCCUGGGGGACCGAGAGUGUCCAUUCAGUCCCGGCCUGGCUCCUCACAGCUGGUGCACAUCCCCGAGGAGACCCAGGAAAACAUCAGCACCUCCCCCAAAAGCAGCUCUGCUCGGGCCAAGUGGUUGAAAGCUGCCGAGAAGACUGUGGCCUGUAACCGAAACAACAGCCAGCCCCGAAUCAUGCAAGUCAUAGCCAUGUCCAAGCAGCAGGGAGUCCUGCAAAGCAGCCCCAAGAACACCGAAGGCAGCACGGUCUCCUGCACUGGCUCCAUCCGCUACAAAACCUUGACAGACCACGAGCCCAGUGGGAUCGUAAGGGUGGAAGCUCACCCGGAGAACAACAGGCCCAUCAUACAGAUCCCGUCCACUGAAGGCGAAGGCAGCGGCUCCUGGAAGUGGAAAGCCCCCGAGAAGGGCAGCCUUCGCCAAACGUACGAGCUCAAUGAUCUCAACAGGGACUCAGAAAGCUGCGAGUCCCUGAAAGACGGUUUCGGUUCUGGAGAUCGCAAGAGAAGCAACAUUGAUAACAGUGAGCAUCACCACCAUGGGAUCACCACCAUCCGCGUCACCCCAGUGGAGGGCAGCGAAAUUGGUUCCGAGACGCUGUCCAUCUCUUCUUCCCGCGACUCCACUCUUCGGAGAAAGGGCAACAUCAUAUUAAUCCCCGAAAGAAGCAACAGCCCCGAAAACACUCGAAAUAUCUUCUACAAGGGAACCUCCCCCACACGGGCUUAUAAGGAUUGAGUCACGGCGUUCAGUCAUUUAGGCGGCCCCCCAAAAGACCACGGGUUCAUUCUAUCUGUGCUCUGUUCCAGCGGGUUGGGAACAUUUCUCACCAAACUAGAUUAUCCACCAUCAGCCCGGGACUCGGUGACUCUUGAGAACUACUACACUCAAGCUUGUAGAUUUCACAUCAAGGGGAGGGGAAAAGCACAAUGCAAGAACCUAACUAAUGUGAUAACGUGAAGACUCUUCUUAAAAUCAAUCUUCGAACUCAAAAGGUUUGCAGAGGGCAGUAUCAGAAGAAAGCGGUUUCCUUCAAUGUAUACUAUUUUACUUCCUGAAUGUGCCAACGUUAGGGAUUUUUCAUAAUUAGCUGUGGGAAUACAGAACACGUUUUCCCUACAGCAGAGGCCAUGCAGUAUUAUAUAUUCAUUUUGCAGAAUCUGCACCUAAAGCUCAUUAUGGGUGGUGCUGAUUAUUAUAGUAUAUGUACCAUGUAAACUCUCAAAUUCUAUUUAGCUGUGAAAUAGUGGUGUGCAAUUCCUUGUCAAAGAAAUGCUACUGUAUUAAGGAGAUGCUGGCUGCUUUGUGUUAGAAUAGGACACCCCACAGCUUCUCUGUAGUGGCUCUGUCAGAGUCAAAAUAUAAAAAAUUUUGUGCAUUUUUUUCAGAAUUAUGCUUUCUUCAACAACAAAAAAUAUAUAGGAAUAUUUUCAGUAAAAAGGUAGAGCUCGUACUUUUCUGCAUAGUUAUUUUUUUCUGCUUACUUUUUAUUUAAGUAUAGGCACUGCUAGUGAGUAAAUUUGCAUAAUUUGAAAUAUAUAUUGUUUUAGAGAGUCUUAAAAUUGUUGUGAUCAUAUUUUGUAUUUUACAGCUUGUUCUUUAUUUAUGAUUUUUAAUUUUUUGAUGUUAUAGAUACGUUCUAUUUUUAAAGCAAAAAUAACAGUGGACAUUCCUUGAGCAAAAUAUAUGGCUGUGAGUUUAUAAACAAGAAAUCUGAACCAAAACUUGACAUCGUGCUACAUUGCCAGCAAUGUUGCUCAUUUCUACCCAUAGAUGUUUCAAACCAGCUGGCUUAGGUGACUAUUUAGCAAGCAGUUCAAAAGUUCUAUUUAGUUCCAGAUUAUUAACUUUUUUGAUAUCCUGAUAACUAGUAAAUUAAAGCUACAGUAGCUGAGUUUUUACCUUCUUCCCUCAUAUAUUUUUGUUAAUGGACACCAACCGGAAGAAUCAAAAAAAAAAUGCAAAUUGAAAAGUAAAAGUAUUUCACAGAAGAAAUUAAGAAUGUAUUUCUUCAAAAUACCUAAAUAGGCACAGUUUUCAUGCUUAAUGUGUAAACAACAGUUUUUGCUGCCUAUCCUGAAUGAAGCUUUCAGCCUAAAUCAAAGGAAAUCAAUAUCAUCAAUAAGAAGAUAAAAACAAAACAUUUUUAGGUCUUUCCAAUUUAAAAUUUUUAUUUUUAAGUAUGAAGAAGUAUUUGGUUCUUGGAAUUUAGCUUUGGACCUUUUUUACUACAUCAUUAUCAAUUUCUACAGGACAGGAGCAGAGCUUACUAGAGUAACCCACCUCCUAAAGCAUUAGGGAUUAAGCUGAAACCAGCAGAAUUGAAAACUCUGGCAAUAAAAAUACAGAUUCAACUACAUCCCUUCUGGCAAUUUCCUCCUCAGAGAGGGGAGUGGGAAUAAAAUGUUGCCUUCCCCACUUCUCACCACCACCAUUAUGAUACUUCUACUGGUUUUUGCCAAUUUAUAGAGAGAAAGGUGGACUGGUUUUAGCACUCUGAAGAAAAAACAAAGCUGCAGCAUUUCAGGUGCAGUAUGAUAUUUCCUAAUCUUUCUUAUUUCUUAACAAAAUAUUUUAAAGUACUUCUCUAGUCAUUGAAGUUUUUUUUUCCUUUACAUAAAUAUUGAUAUAUUCUUUUUCUACUCAAAGUGCCAAAGGCUACAGUUUUUAAUGACAACAAAUUGUACCACAUUGCUAAGGAAAUAUAAUGAUAGUCAUUAGAACUCAAGACCUCUGCAUGUAUAUUUGAUAACACAUCUUUUGUAAAAAAAAAAAUUACAAAAAAAUUUGUUUACAUUCCACUGGUACCUUAAUUUAAAAUAAAUGAGACUAACAGGUGGUAUUUUUUCUCCUUAGUGUUCUAUUUAUCUUAUUUGCUAAUGAGAGCACUUCUUCCUUUGUUAGGCUGUGCUUUACAAUAAAACCAAGUAUUGAAAAAAAGAGAGUUAAUUAUCUUUUUAAAGUAAAUAAAAUUAUGAAAAUACAUAUAAUAUAUAUAAAGUAUUGUGUUUAAUAAAAUGUUAUGCAAUGUUUUCCAAACUGAUAAAAUUUGUAAAGUGCUAUAAUGUAUUUUGUUAAGUAUAGAUCACAGCUAUUGUGUGAGUAUAUUGUGCUAACAUCAUAGAAAUAAAGAUUAGAUUUCUUCAUCAGAA